AUGACUUCAUUUUUAAAUAGUUUUGACUUUUAAAAUAUCAACAAGCAAUAUAAAGACAUAGUUUCUUAGUUUAAGGAGAAUAAGUUUGAAAUUAUUUAAUAGUUAACUGAUGCCCUAUUUAAAUAAGAGCAUUCAGAUAAUUACACAUAAAUUUCUUCUAUUUUAACUUCUCUAUUGAUAAAAGAAUGCUCUUAAGAUAAUUUUAUGCUGCAAAAAACUUUUAACAGCAUUUUAACAAAUUAUAUUUCAUCAGACUCUAGCUUGAAACAUAUUUAAACUUUAUAUGUUCUAGCUACUUACUUUAAUCAAUAGAUUAUCAUAGAGGGAGAUAGCUUAAUAAGAUAUGUAAUUUAGAAAAAUUCAGAAUAAUGCUUAAGGGUACUCAUAUUCUUAAGUGUUGUUUUAAAAAAGAGAGAAAAUUAGAAAGAUUCCUUCGAUUUAAUUAUAUAACAGGAGAAUAUUUAAUAGAUUAGCCUAGUUAAAAUAUAAGAGCCAUCUAGGCUUAUAGACGAGCUUCUAAAAAUAUCUAAUAAAACUUAGAUUUAGAAAGGAGUUUUCUAAAAAAAUUAAAUAGAAGAAGUUAAUGCGUUGGCAAUUAAUUGUUUACUAUUUUUACGCAAAUAAAUGAGUAAAACCUAAUUUUCUAAGCUCAAGAAAAUACUUUACAAUAAUCUUUAGGACAUAGAGAUUAUUUGUUAGUAUAACUUUGCUAUAAUAUGCUAAUAUCUCUUCAUUCUAACAUAAAACUAAACAGAAUUUAUAACUCCUUAAUAGCAUAGAAAGUUAUUAAAUGUGAUAACUAAUUUGAAUGAUGCAUAUUUCUAAAAUGUUGAUAUCAAUUAUGGAAAAGUUGAGCAAAAUACUAAAAAAGAAAUUUAUCUGAUUCUUGAAGACUAAAGAUUAGAGUAAAUUAAAUACUUAUAUGACAAAAUUAACUUAUUUUCAGAAUAAAUUUUAAAUUUAGAAAAUAAUUUUGAAGAAAAAUAUUUAGUUAAAAAUAUAUUUGAAGCAAAAGAUUAACAUUUUCAGCUUUAUUAAUUCAUUUGCUUAGAUAUAGUUUAAGUCAUACUAACAAGUGAUUCCUACUAUAUGUUUGUAAAAUAAGAAAAAGAAUUGUAUUUACAACUUCUUAUAUAAGUAUUUAAAUUAGGGUUUUUUGAGCAAUUACCUAUUGCAGAUAAAUUUUCUUUUAACGAUGAAGUUUAUUUGAAAUUAUAAGAAAUAAUAAAUUUAGUAUUAACAGGAAUUAAUGAAAAUAAGGUCAUAGCUUUUAUAUACAAGGAGCUAAAUGAUAUUGAAAAGAGAUGUUCUAUUAUUAGCAAAAGCUAAGUAAUAAGUUAAAAUUAAGAAUUUCAAACAGAUUACAGUUAGAAGUUAAUUUAGGAAGAUAUACUUGUUGUUAAUAAAAGUGAUAAAUUUUAAGUGAUAGGCUGCUUUUAAACAUUGAGUAGCAUACUUUCAAAAGAAUUUGAGCUAAAAGAAGUAGAUUUAUUUUUCAAAUUCUUUAGCUACAUGCUCUUUGAUCCUUUUUUAUAUAACUUUACAGCAAGAAUUGCUGCUUAAUUAGUAAUAUCUUUCAAAUAGUAUAUUCUAUUGCAACAUAAGUAAUUCAUUCCACAAUUAAUAGAAGUAUUUAAAAUAAAUGAUUGUUAAUCAAAGAUUUUUGCUUUAGAUGUAUUUUUAAAUAUAUUUUAAGAUCUCCAAAAAAUUGAUCAAUCUUAGUUGUAUCCAUACGCAAAAGAUUUACUUCAUAUUUUAAUUAAGGAAUACACACAUGAAAAUUUUUUUAAACAAGAUAUUACUCUAACAGAUGGAAUAUAAAACUUUAUAAAAUAAAUUUUGGAUUUGGAAGAUAUUGAAUUGUAUCUAGAAGAUGAAAUUCAAAAGAUUGAGAAAUUUUUCUUAUAAAUGAAUGUUGAUCAUGAAAAGAGAGAGUUUUUAAUUGAAAAGAAUCAUUAAAUCUGCCUGUGUGCUAUUUUAAAAAUAAAGCAAAAGUUAAAAUUAGAAUGUAAUGAGCUAAAAUAAAACAUCAAAACCAUAGCUGAAGAUUUAGCUUAAAAGAUAUACAAUUCAUCAAAUAAAAUAAGCAAUGCCUAAAAAACCCUCUACUAUAAAUUUUUUAAAAUUUUAAGUGUGGAAAUACUAGGGUCUCAAUAGUGUUUUGAUUCUGUUUUUCUUUAAGUUUUGCCAUCAGCUUUGAAAGAUGGUUCAGUCAAAAAUUGUCCGAUUAUAAUUAAAAGCAGAAAUAUUUAAUAUUAGUAUGAAGAAUUAGACGAGCUUGAUUUAGAUUAAUAAGAGCACUUACCAAAUAUAUAGCAAGGGGAAAUUGACGAUGGCUUUGAAGAUGUAGAAGAAAAUUAAAAUCAACAAAAUUAACAAAACCCAAACCCUGCUAUUUAGAAUAUGAAUUUUAAUGUUGAUAUGUAAGCUCAUUUUAUUGGAGAAGAAGACAAUGAAGAGGAAGAAGAAGAAUAAGAGUAACUCAUUUACGAACCUAGCUUUUAAGAAUAAAAUUUUGUUGAAGAAGCUCUAAAUGUGAUCUUGACUUUUUGCAAGGAGUCAACAGAAAUUUUCAUAGAUUAUAAAAAAUUUGACAUUUUUAACUUAUUUUUGUAAAAUUUGUAAUAUGAACUCAUUUUCGAAAAAAGCAUACACUUUAUUAUGGACAUAAUUUUACAAAUAAUUAAAUCUACUUAAGUCUACUACCUAAAAAAGCAUCAAGAAGAAAUUUAAUCACAAGGAAAUUCUUAAAUCCUUGAAUAAGGAGCUAUUGAAAUAUUUUAGAUGUAUUAGAUUACAGUGUAUUAAAUAUUAAAAUAAUAAGAAGAUAAAUCAGAAGAUUACGAAACAUUUUUAACCGUUUUAAUAUCAAACAUUAUAAAAUCUUUAGAUAAAUAAAUAAUUUUAAUUUUAUAUUAAUAAUUUUAUGAAUCUAUAAUGAAAAUGAUUUUCUAACUAAUCAGAUUAGACAAAAUGCACAUUAUAAAUGUACUUAGUCUUUUAACAACCCUAUUCUAAAAACUACCAGAUAAAAUUAUAGAGGGUAUCAAAAUGCCAUACUUAGUUAUUUAAGGACUACUGAGACAUAGAAUUGUUUAUUAAAACCUUUUAUACUAUCAAGAAAGUUACAGAGACGAAAUCUUAAAACGACCUAUUUUUGCUGAUAUGGAAAGUGUUGAAUUAUGUCUUGUAGGAUUUAAUGAUUUUUUUGAGAUUAACCCAUAAGUAUAUCCAAUUAUAAGUUAAAUUUAUUUUGAUAUUAUAUCUGAUGAAAAAUAUAUCAGUAAAUUUUUGAUUGGUACAGUUGCUAAUAAUUUCCUAACUAAAAUUGUGAGACAUUGUAAAGAUUAUAUUACUCCUGAGUAAAUAAGUUUAAUAUCUGAUUUGCUGAAAAAAUUUGAAGCUAAAUAAAAAUCUAAGAAUUCUGACUAUUAGUUUUUUAAUAUUUCAUUUAUAAUCGCUAAAGCUAUGAUCAGUAUCGAAAAUAUUAAAGGUUUGAAAGAAACAAAAGAAUAAAGCAACAUUAAUUUCUAGAAAUUUUUAUAUAUUUUGCCAAAAAUUAUAGAAUAAAGUCAAUACGAAGAUGCGAGAUAUAUAAUACAAUAUAUUUUAAAAAGCGAUUACAAUUUUUCUACCUAAGAAACUGAAAAUAUAAACAAAUUUAUGUUAAGAGUAUAAGUUUUCUGA